AUGCCCACCUUCUCCGGCCAACUCCGAAGCCACCUCAGCCCCCUCCUCCCGCCGAGGCGGCGGCGGCGGCCGCUGCAAAGCCCUCCCGGUCGCUCUGCACGAAAGCAGCGCGAACUCAAACCUCCCCUCCCGGCCCCGCUCGGCCCUCCCCCCACGCCCCUCAGACCCUUUCAAACCCCCUGGGCUCGCGGUGACUGCUCCGUGAAGAAACGCUGGCCGCGGCUGGGGCCGGGGCGGCGCGGCUGCGAGCGGGGCGGCGGCGGGGCGCCCGCCGGCUCGACCUCACCCCGCUGCUCCCGUGGCCGUGCGGAAGGGGGCCGCAGGAGGCGGCGGCGGCUUCUUUCGUGGCGGCGUUGGUGGCCAGACGGGCUGGUGCAGCGACUGCAGCCGACGCCGUUCAAAGGAACUAGAGCAACAGCAUCACGAGUUUUAAUUCGUGAUGAAUUGAAAGGAGCCCGCCACCGCCGCUACUGUUGCCGCCGCCACGACAUGAGUCAGGCUUUCUUCCUAAGCGCGUGGCGAAGCCACAUCCCCCUCACCUCACCUGGGUUCGCCCCCGGCCCGCCCAGCCCUCGCCCCCUGAGGGAUGUCCUAGUGCCAGGAGCUGCGGCGUCGACGGAAGACCAGUGGCUACUGGCGAUAAAUGGUGGCUUUUGUGUAGGGCAGUGUGGCUGCCAUGUGGUUCUCUCACCCUUUGACGGGCAGGGUGAGGCAGCGGGGCAUAUGCUGCAGCUGUUUACAGUUAACUGUCUAAACUCCUCAUGGAUAGGAUCUUCUCUAAGGAGAGAUGGUUGGAAUCCAUCCUUUUCUGGAGGGAAGUAGCACACCAGCUCUGUAAACCGACUGACCUCAACAGGUGCAGUUUAUUCUCCAUCAGCAAUGCCUUUUUGUUUAAUUGUCUAGGCUGUAACCCCAUACGAUUUGACUUAAGAGGCAAGGUGGCCUAGUGAUGAUAGAAGCACAGUGAAAUGAUAAAGAAAGCAUGACUUCUAGGGCUAGCAUAUAAAAAAGAGCCAUCUGAAAUACUAAUUUAGAAAAAACACAUUUCAUGCAUCUGAGUAUAGAUCUACAAAAGCAAUAUUAGGUAUGAUUGGAGGCAAUUUACUGAAAGUCGCUUAGUUGCUUUCUUGGGGUUUUUGUGUUUUGGUUUGGGUUUUUUGUUUUUAUUUUGAGACAAAGUCUUACUCUGUCGCCCUUAUUAGAUUGCUGUGGAGCAGGCUCACGUCACGUUAAAUUUUGGGGCUUAAGCAAUCCUCUUGCCUCAGCCUCCCAAGGCACUGCAGGCACCUGCCACAACCCUCAGCUAGUUUUUCUAUUUUUAGUAGAUACGUCUGGCUCUUGCUCAGGCUGGUCCCCAACUCCUGAGCUCAAGCAGUCCACCCGCCUGGGCCUCACAAGUGCUGGGAUUACAGGCAUAAGCAAUUGCUUUCUUCUUAUUGAGAACACAUGUAGUAAAAAUAAGAUAGAGUCAGUCAGGCUAGGGCUGGGCAAGACACAGCUGGCCUGGCUGGUUUGAGUCCUAAGUAACCUUUACCUCAUGUCUCCCGUUCUUGUUUUGUAAACUCAGCUUACAGCUAAACCUAAAAAAGUGUAUAUCUUGAGUAGGUUAGGGCACUUGAUUUAGGAGAUUAACUUUUGAAUUAGAAAUUUUGUUUUACGUCAAGGGUUAUGUCAAUUAUUGUUUUUUAUGGGUAAUGGAUUGUGAUUACUAUUGUUUAAGUGUUAAUUACUGUUGUUUGAGAUAGGGGUUAGCACAGUUCUUGCUUUUAACUUUUAUAUAUAAAACUGUGAUUUUGGAAAUGGAAGAACAGAACAUUCCUGGAGAGACUUCUCACUGUUCUCCAGAAUCACUGGCCUUCUGACAAAGUUUGGUGGACCUGUCCCUUUCUCUGCAUAUCAGCUAACAGUGACAGGCGGCUGGACCUUCCUCGUCUGGUAGCAGUAUUAUGUAGCAAAAGCUAGUUCUAAGCAUUUUUUACUACUAAGCAGGAAUAUCUUUCUCACAUAGGAAUUAAAGAAACAACAAAGCAAGCCAAAAUACUGUAGAGAGAGGUCUGUUUUUUAAUUGGUUGUUAAGGAACUAAAUGUUAAGGGUUAGACCUCUGAUUCAGGAAAUCAGACUUGCAGGUCUGCAGUCCUAUUUGAGGAGAUUCUUAAAACAAAAAAUGAUGAUAAGUAAUUUGCACAGACAAGACUUCUACUUGUCAAUUCAACAUGUUACAUUUAGUUUUCUCUGAGUGUUUUCCCUCUUUCUGUUCCUCAAGAAGUUAAGAUUUUCACCAUUUGCUUCUGUUCUUGACUAGGUGUACACACACCUUCAAUAUCUAUGCUAGGUAUAAAUUAGGCUUUCACAAAUAUGUGUUUUCAUUAAUACAUGGAAUGGUUGUGUUUUUAGGAAACUAUAGCUAUUUGUGUAUUUUACAAACAUAAUUAUUUCUUUUUUAAUCCUCAACAGCUUUUGUUGUAAGUAAUAUGCCUGGUUAAUGGCUGCCUUCCAUUGUUGAAAGGCACAUCUGACAUUCUUUUUCAACAGUUUUUGAAAGGAAAAUAGAAACUAUCCUAACUGGUUGAAACUGCAAUGAAAUGUAGAUGGACUAAAUGUUUCUUUGGAUUACAGUGUAAAAGAAAAUGCUCCUGUCCCUCAAAAUGUUGCCUUAGGUGAAAGUUCUAAAUUACCCCAAAGAGCAGCUUUACACCCCUAGGGCCAUCUAAAUACCCAAUAUGAUUGUGCUGAUAAGGUUUAAUGCUGAAGAAACACAGAAGCUUUAUUAAAGUCUUACCCAAAGUUGAGAGAAUGUAAGAAUUGAGAUAACUUAUAGAAGCAGAUACUUAUUCUAAUAACCAGCAGCAAAGGAGACUAUGGGUGGUAUUUCUUUUAAAAGACUGAAUUUUAAAUUCAGCUGAAUAAAAAAAGGGCAGGGCAACUUUUCCAGGAUAACAUAAGACAUAAGAAAAUAGUCUAUUUCAGGGUGGCGCCUGUGGCUCAGUGAGUAGGGCGCCAGCCCCAUAUACCGAGGGUGGCGGGUUCAAACCCAGCCCCAGCUGAACUGCAACCAAAAAAUAGCCGGGCGUUGUGGCAGGCGCCUGUAACCCCAGCUGCUCUGGAGGCUGAGGCAGGAGAAUCACGGAAGCCCAAGAGCUAGAGGUUGCUGUGAGUCCUGUGACGUCAUGGCACUCUACUGAAGGCAGUACAGUGAGACUCUGUCUCUACAAAAAAAAAAAAAGUCUAUUUCAAAUAUGUUUAAUUUUUGUUAUUACUUUCAAACUCCUGCUUAGGCUGCUUCCAGUCCUAAGAUAUAAAGAGUAAUUGCUAGUAGCAUAUGUAAUGAGAAUAAGAUGGAGUCAGUAAGGCUAGGGCCCACCGGACACAGCUGGUCUGGUGGGUUUAGGUCCUAUGUGACUUUCACCUCUUGUCUUCUAUCUUUGUUUUGUAAAUUUAUCUUUAACCUAAAAGUGUAUGUCUUGAGUAGGGCAAUUGUUUAGGAGAUUAAGUUUUGAAUUAGAAGUGGGAUUUUUGGGUCAUGGAUUAUGCCAAUUACUGUUUAAGAAAAAGGUUAACAUGCCUUUUGCUUUGAACUUUUAUGUAUAAAACUGUGGGGAAUGAAAAGGUACAGCAGUUUUGGACAGGCUAGUCUCACUGUUUUUCAGAAUUGCUGGCCUUCAGAUAAUAAAGCUGGCUGAACUUAAUCCCUAUCUGCAUAUUGGCUGGACAGUGACAGGCAGCUGAAGAUCUUCUUUGUCCAGUAACACUGCCAUUAGGGAAAUCUGAGUUUCAAAACUUGCCCACCACUUCUGCUUGAAUUUUAUGACCAGCUACAUGAAUACAAACACGUUUAAAAAAGGAGAAACAUCUCAACAGCCAGGUUUUCCUAUGCUGUGACCUUUUAAUAAAGUCUGGAUUUUUUUUUUACAUAAAUAUUAGACGCCCACUGCUGUGUGUAAUAAAGUCAUUAAAUUCUUUGAACCCACUUAGAGCUAAAUUUUGCCUUUUGAAAGACUGAAUUUCAGCUAUUUUCACUCUGAAGGUGUACCUCUGCAUUUCUUUUCUGUUGACUAAAAGAUUAGUGUGUACUACAGUGCUCACAUAAAUCUGCAACAUUACCAGCCUGUAUAUUUGGCCAUGUUUAGUGUUUAAUAUACUGUAAAAAUAGAAAAUUUGUUGGACAUUGUAACAUAAUUUGCCUAUAUGUGAAAACUGCAAAAUGGAUCAAUAUUUAAAGCCCAGUAAUUCUCCAAAAGUAGUGCCCUAAAGAGCAGGAAGGGCAUAUCUAUGCUUCAAAUGGCUGUGAGUGACAAAGACAGAUACUAAUGAGAAAUGUGUGCAGAAAGUAUGCCACUGUUCCACUCCAGUAGUAUUCUAGCUAACCAGUACUUCAGUCAUGCAAUAUUACCAAUUGGUAACUUGUAAAUGUCAUCUGAAAAAGUCAAAUAUUUAAAUAUUUGAGUUGUAAACAAAUGCAUUUUUACAUAUGAAGAAACUUAUGGAAGGGGGAUAUGCAGCAUGUCUGUUAAUCAAUUUGCUAUCUAGAAAAUCUUUUAAUGAGAUCGGUCACUACCAUUAAUAUCACAAAAUGCUUAUUUUGAAACUUUCAAAUUUUAAUUAAGUACAGAUUAGCUUAUAAUUGAUUAGUUUUUGUAACACUAGUUAAAAUUUGCAGUAUAUUUUGGUUCAGCUAAAUAAUUUUAUAUCCUCAAAGAUAAUGCUUAUGAAACAAAAAAGUAUUCCAGGCCAAUGAGGUGGCUCACACCUGUAACCUAGCACUCUGGGAGGAUGAGGCUGAUAGAUUGCUUGAGCUCAGGAAUUGGGAACAACUUUUCUUUAAAAAUAGCCAGGCGUGGCCCCAGCCUGUAGUCCCAACUGCUGUGGAGACUGAGGCAAGAGGAUUGCAUGAGCCCGGGAGUUUGAGGUUGCUAUGAGCUGUAACUCAACAGCACUCUACUGAGGGCAACAAAAUGACACUCUGUCUCAAAAAGUAUUCCAAAGAGGUUAAAUAUAACUUGUCCAAGAUUCGUGUGUGCCUAAAUCUGGACACACAGGUCCUCUUAAUUUCAGAUUCUAUAUCUUGAUGUUGGGAAUUUUUCCAAAAACGUCUGAACUCUAGAGAUGUGUGUUUUUCAAAAAUCUCUUGAAAUUAAUAAGUGGUCUUCCGAUGCUUUGGAAUGCCAAGGAAAAUAUCCUGUAGACACAUUAAUUACAAACAGCAUUUUUUCCUAUAUAAAGAGGAUGAAAGGCUUUCCCAUUUAAACUAAUGUAAGUGUUACAAAUUCUUCUAGUCUUUUCUGACUUACAAAUGUGUUAAUUUGGGUAAUUUUCUCACCAAAAAAAUUAUUUUGCUACAAAACAUUGAAAAAAAUAAUUUGUUAAUUUAGGAUUUUUAAGGCUAUAAUCAAAUAUCUCUCUCCAAAUCCCCUAUGAUAGCUAGUGCUUAUCAAAACCUUAAAGUGAUUUAUCUCACUUAAUCCUCACAACUGUAUAAAAGUAGGAGCAUAAACUGCCCCAUUUUACAAUUGAGGAAAAUGAGAUGCAGAGAAGUUUUGGUCUCACAGCUUGGCUAGUGGUAGGACUAAGAUGACAAUCCUGGUAGUCCAACCGCACUUCACAGCUGCCUCCAAGGCAUAUUGUUAAUUCAGGCUCUUGCCAACUCAAGCACUCAAGUUAGAUUUCUGCAGAAUACUUACAUGUGAAUUUUUCUGAUUAAACCUCUCCAAAGGCUGAGCACCGUUUUCUAGUAUGGAAAUUUCCUUUGAUCAUUCAUUUUCUCUCUCUGCUCCACUUACAUUCUAGGAGAAGAACAUCGAUAGUUUUUAGUAACUUAAAUUCAAGUUUUACAUUUCCAGUAUGUAAUACACAGACAUUUAAGAAUGUUUAUUUUAGAAACUCCACUAUGGCCACAUAGGAAUUGGACAUAAAGGAACAGAAUGAUGAUUUGAUUAAGUUGGAUGAUCAAAACAGAUGCCAAAUGCUUGGAAAAAGGUAUUAAUCACAUGUAAUUGAGAAGUGCUAUCUAUAUUGGACAAGAUAAACGUUUUCCCAUUUUAGCAAUUAGCAUUAAUUGAGCAUGAGAGCCUAUAGAAUAGAGUAAUAACCUAGUCUUUCCAACAUGUUCUGAGGACCCAUUGCAGUUCUUUUUUAAUAAAGUUCUAGAAGUAAAUGUGUGUCAUAUUUAUUUCAAUCAUGAUUCUAGUAAGACCUCUGUCCAUCCACUGUGAACAAAAAUUAGGUCAAGCAGUACAAUCAAAAGCAAUCGUUUGUUUUUUUUUUUUAAUUUUUUGAGGGGUAGGUCUCAAACUCCUGGACUCAAGCAGUCCUCCUACUUCAGCGUCCCAAAGUAACUAACAGUACAGGCACAGGGCCCACUAUGCCUGGCCUUUGUGUUUAAAGCUUAGGUUCACAAACAGAUGUAUCUCAAGGCUCAAGGAAAAAGGAAUGUUGUUCCAUUCCCUAGUAUGGAAAUUUCCUUUGGUCAUUCAUUUUUUUCUCUCUGCUCCAACUUACAUUCUAGGAGAAGAACAUUGAUAGUUAUUAGUAACUUACAUUCAAGUUUUACAUUUCCAGUUAAUUUCAUUAUAGAAGAAAAGGCAGAAAAUCAGUAGUCUUAAAGGGUAAAAUCUUUUGUGAUUGUAAUACCUUUUGAAAAAGAAUAAAAAUCUUAAAUGUAUGCAAUUCACAUUGGAGUAGGAAACACAAUACUAUAAAUACUAUGACUUUGAAAAUUUAAAUGCAACAACACGAUUUGGAUAUUGAAAGUGUUUCCGGUACCUUUCUAGAUGAACCAUAAAUUGCAGAGUCUUAGGAGAAAAAGCCCAACAAAAUUGAUUCUUUUUAUUAUAUAUACACACUUGUCAAACUCAAGAAAAAUACAUGACUGACAUAACCUCUUGCCUGAGUUAAAAGUCCAGAGACUACAAAAGUUUUCCAUCAAAAAUUGAAAUAUCCAGGUGAUUUUGUGCUCCAGUUACUUAUAGACCAGAUGACACCAUGUGAUAAUGUCAAGUUAGUGGCUUAACUUUGAUGAUUUGAAAGAAUUCUAUCUUUAUUCAAUCAUAACUGACAU